AUGUCCUCCCCACCAUCCGUAGCUCCGGCCACCGCCCGCAUCGCCGCCCCGAUGCCCCCUUCCACCUUCACCUCCUGCCGAGCCGCACCGGCUCCCCCCAACACUUCCGCGGCGAGCUCCCCCCUCCUCCUCUCCCCCCGCCCCGUAGCUCGCCCGCUCCAGCGCCCGUCACACACGUGCCUCGCUCUCCCCCUGCGCUGCUCACUCCGCGCUCCCCCUCUACGCGCGCGCGCUCGCGCUCGCCGCGCGGCGACCGCGCUCGUCUGCGCACCCGCGUCCCGCCUAUUCCGCUCUGCCGCGCGCGCUGUUACUCCGAUGCGCCGCAGCCGCCCCGCUCGCCGGCCGCCCCUGCUCACUGCCCCGCGCGGCCUCGUCGCCACCGCUCCGCCGUACUGCCCCGCCUCUAGCCCCACGGGCCACUGCCGCGCCAGCGGCCACUUCCGGCGCCCGUGCCCAGUCGGGCUUCGCCAGGGUCGGGCGCCCGCGCGCCCAUGCGCCCUUGCGUCACAGACAACUGGGCCCGCCCCCCUGUGA